AUGCCACUGGGAAUAGGUGAGUUGGCUAGUCUUCAAACACUGUCCAAUUUCAUUGUUACUAAAAACAAUGUAUCUGAUUUCAAAGAGUUGGGGAACUUAAUUUAUCUUCGGGGGAAGCUUUGCCUGUCUGGGUUACAGAAUGUGGUGGUUCCAUUAGAUGCAAGGGAGGCGAAUUUGAAUGAUAAGAAUGCGUUAGAUGUGUUAUCAAUGGAAUGGAGUGUUAACUCAGAUGAUUUACGAGAUGGAAGAGUUGAAACAGAAGUGCUUGACAUGCUACAACCUCACAAGAAUUUAAAAGAGCUCCAUAUCAAAGGCUACCUUGGUACAGGAUUUCCGACUUGGAUAGGAGAUGCUCUAUUCUCCAAUAUGACUGACAUAAGUUUAGAUAAUUGUGGAAAUUGUGCAUCCUUGCCACCACUCGGACAACUACCCUCCCUUAAAAAGCUUUACAUUACAGGUAUGAGUUCAUUAAAGCAUGUUGGUUGUGAGUUCUACGGGCAAGGUGGUGUUCAACCUUUUUCGUUACUGGAGACUCUAAGCUUUGAGAAUAUGCCAGAAUGGGAGGAUUGGUAUACUUUUGGAGAUCACAAAGAAGUUCAACCAUUCACUCGUGUCAAGUCUCUCUCCCUAAUAAAAUGUCCCAAACUUCUUAAAAUGUUGCCUACUGAUCUACCUUGUUUGAAUAAUCUAGAGAUUAGGGACUGCCCGAAACUCUGCGGAAUGAUGCCCAAGCAUCUACCUUGUUUGAAUAAUCUAAAGAUUUCAAAGUGCCCGCAAUUCCUAGUUGAAGGUUCCAGCAUUAGGCUCCCGUCACUCACCUCGAUAGCUAUGAAUGACGUUCCUCUAACAAGCCUUCAAGCGGUCCUUGAGAUGAGGAGCAUGGUUGAUGACGAACUGAUAUCAGCAAAUGCAAAGUCUAAGCAUCCGAGUUCAAUAACUUCCUUGAGCAUUGGGAUGAUUAAGAAACUUGAGCUCUUGCCGAAAUGGGUUACUCAUGGGCUGAUGGAACUCGAAGCAUUGGAGAUCACAAGGUGUGAAGAACUCAAGACACUGUGGAAGAAUGAGGCGAGAGUGCAACACAGUCUCCCUGCAUUCCGAAGUUUGAAAAUUGAAGGCUGCCCCCAGCUUGUUUCAUUGUUUGAAGAAGAUGAGGAUGAAGACAACAAAGGGCAACAUGAGCAGCAGCAGCAGCAACAAGAGGGACUCCCCUGCAUAGUGAGGAGGCUUGAGCAUCUAACAAUAGAUAAUUGUGAAAAGCUGGAGAAACUGCCACGGCUGCUACAUAACUUCACUUUUCUUGGAGAGUUGUGCGUCUAUAGUUGUCCGAGUCUCGGCUCUUUUCCGGAGACAGGUUUUCCGUGCACGCUGAAAACACUCAAGAUACAUGAUUGUGAGGCUCUACAAUCCUUAUUCGGGUGUUUAACACAGAUUAAUGACAAUAAUCUUCAAUUAUUAGAUGUUCGUGAUUGUCCAUCCCUCACGUGCUUGAUAUCGUGCAGAGGUGGGGGGCUACCACCCACACUCAAAGUGCUUGAUAUUUGGAGGUGUAAAAAGUUGGAGGCACUGCUAGUAGUAGAGGAGGGGAUGGAAAUUAAUUGUCAAUCUCUUGAGUCUGUUUGGAUCAGGGAUUGUGAUAGGCUCAAAUACUUGCCAGAUGCCCUUCCUAAUAAUAAUACUAAUCUCAGGAAUCUCAGUCGAUUGUCCUUGUAUGGGUGUAAGAAUUUGGAGUACAUUCCGGAAGGAUGGUUCCACUUCGCAACAAAUCUGGCAGAUUUGGAGAUCAAGGGAUGCAAAAAACUCAAGGCCCUACCACACGAAUUGCAGAGCAUCAACUACCUCACUUCUCUUCAAUCAUUGGGGAUGAAUAUUCCACAUUGGAACAACAACUUCAAGAAGACUGGUUUGCACAGUUUAUCCUCUCUUACAGAACUGUCGAUUUCAGGGGCAAUUAGCGUGGCAGAGGAAGAAGAAGAAGAAGAAGAAGCGGGGUCCAGCUUUCCGAUAGAUGGGAAGUUGCUGCCCACCUCUCUGAUCUCGUUUUGGAUCGAAGAUUUCCGAAAUCUGGAGAAGCUAUCUUCUAAGUUGUUUCAAAACCUCGCCUCUCUUGAAUCUCUUCAUAUCUGGGGUUGCCCUAGGCUCAAAUCUUUACCAGUGCAAAGGCUGCCUCCCUCACUUGAGGAAUUGUGGAUCCGUGGAAGUCGGAAACUAACAAGGAAGUGUGAAAAGGGGAAAGGCAAAUAUUGGCCCCACUUAGCUCACAUGCCUCGAGUCGAUGUUGAUGAUGAGUGAUAAGCUCUGUUGUGGAGAUUCCCACCGCAGUUUUACAAGCACUCAAAUUGCCAGAAAUGUGCUUUCAAGGAUCUAAAUACAAAGAAAGGCUUCUUUCGAUAGAUUUCCUCGUCUGUUUUUAUUUCUGAGGCAACCACAACAAAUGGAAGAGUUCACAUUUCUUUCCAGCUUGGUGCAUUUGUCCCUGGAUAUCCUGUCCAUCCAGUGAUUGUUUGCUAUCCCCUUGUACACUUUGACCAAUCCUGGGGAAAUAUAGCUUUGGGAAAGCUCAUGUUUAGAAUGUUCAUAGUUUCACAAUGUCAUGGAG